AUGGCGAGCUGUGAGCGGCUGCGCGGCGCGGCCCUGCGCGACGUGCUGGGCCGGGCACACGGCGUCCUGUUCGACUGCGACGGGGUGCUGUGGAACGGUGAGCGCGUCGUCCCGGGCGCCCCGGAGCUGCUGGAGCGGCUGGCGCGGGCCGGCAAGGAGGCGCUGUUCGUGAGCAACAACAGCCGGCGCGCGCGGCCCGAGCUGGCCCUCCGCUUCGCGCGCCUCGGCUUCGAGGGGCUGCACGCCGAGCAGCUCUUCAGCUCCGCUCUGUGCGCCGCGCGCCUGCUGCGCCAACGCCUGUCUGGGCCGACCGACGCGCCGGGUGCCGUGUUCGUGCUGGGAGGCGAGGGGCUGCGCGCGGAGCUGCGCGCCGCGGGGCUGCGUCUGGCGGGGGACCCCAGCGAGGACCCGGGCGCGGGCGACAGCACGGCCCCACCCGUGCGCGCCGUGCUCGUGGGCUACGACGAGCACUUCUCCUUCUCCAAGCUGAGCGAGGCGUGCGCGCACCUGCGCGACCCCAACUGCCUGCUCGUGGCCACCGACCGUGACCCGUGGCACCCACUCAGUGACGGCAGCCGAACCCCUGGCACUGGGAGCCUGGCUGCAGCAGUGGAGACAGCCUCGGGUCGCCAGGCCCUGGUGGUGGGCAAGCCCAGCCCCUACAUGUUCGAGUGCAUCACGGAGCACUUCAGCGUGGACCCUGCCCACACGCUUAUGGUGGGCGACCGCCUGGAGACCGACAUCCUCUUCGGCCACCGCUGUGGCUUGACCACCGUCCUCACGCUCACAGGCGUGUCCCGCCUAGAGGAAGCCCAGGCCUACCUGGCAGCCGGCCAGCAUGACCUCGUGCCCCAUUACUAUGUGGAGAGUGUUGCGGACUUGAUGGAGGGGUUGGAGGACUGAGCCCACCGACCUGCAACUGCAGCCCCUCCCCUAGCAGAUCCUGAUCCCACACGUGGAGGCUGUGGGUCAGGAGCUGCAUGAAGCACCAUUAGCUCGCUAGCCCGUUUCUACACCCUGGUGAGGCUGGGACCCAGGGAAGUUUUUAGAGCCCUUGUACACCCUCCUCCCAGCAAUGGCUGGGUACUCUUUGCUGUCCCAGAAGCCACCCGCUCCCUCACCGGUUCACCCAGACCUGUCCAGCCAGGUGGCCUGAUUUCCUGCCCUGCCACCCCCCCGAUACCAACUGAAAAUCUUCUCCAACUUUGAGCACAUAAACUUCUCCCUCCUCCCAGGGGCCCGCUACACCUCUACCUGCUCCUUGGUCCUGGCCCUUGGGUUCCUGUUGACCAAUCAGAAGUCUGGGUAACCAUAAACUGUUACUGUCCUGAGCCCUCAGUGGACCAAUCAAAAGGCUAAGUGAUUUCACUCAUUGAUGUUGGGCCCUGAGUGGACCAAUCAGAAGUCUUAGUGAUGUUGGGUCACUUCUUGAUGUUGGGUCCUGAGUGGACCUCGGAUCCAAAGGAGCCCUGUGGCACAAUGGUUAAGUGCUCAGCUGCUAACCAAAAGGUUAGGGAUUUAAACCCACCAGUGGCUCCGUGGGAGAAAACAGCUGGCCGUCUACUGCCUUAGAGGUUACAGCCUAGGAAACCCUCUGGGGCAGUUCUUCUCUCACAUGGGAUCACUAUGAGCUGGGAUCAACUCAGCAGCACACAACAAUGGGAGCCUAAGUAACAAUGACUGAUGUCCUAGAGCCUGAGUGGACCAAUCAGAAGGCUAAGUGACAAUGCCCCUUUCCUGUCCUAGAGCCUUAGUGGGCCACUCAGAACACCAGUAAUAAUGACCCAUCAGUCUCUCGUAUCCUAGGUAGACCAACCCAUAAGCCUGGGAUACAGUCAUCUCUUGUCAGUCUGGGUCUGACUGGACCAGCCAAGGGUCCGGAUUCUAGUCGAUAAAU